AUUUUUUUCAUAAACAACAUUCUGUAUAGCAAGAAUUCCUAAUUAGUGAUGAUGGAGAAGUCCAUUAGCUUUUCAAAAGAUGGCAACCGGAAAAACGACACCGUUGGCACGCCCAAACACGGCUCCAACGACACCGCCGAUGCGAAAACGUUGUCGGAGUCUCAAAUCCCUGGGGAAACAGAAGAAAACGACAUUAAUAUUGCGGAAGAUCAUCCUUCCUCUGAAUCCAGUACGAGCCUCGCUCAGGUCGUGGACGAGGUCGAUCGGUUCUUACAGGCUCUAUCAUCCACCGUAGAAGACGAAUCGAAAUAUCCAGAAGCUCCUGAAUCCGUUGAGAUAUUGUCGACAAUGGUGGAUUCCAUGAUCACAGAUUACAACGACGGGAAAAGUCUGAUACGGUUUGGGAAGGAUCCAGAAAACGACUCGUCGUUUGUGGAGGCGCUAAACCGAGUCUCCGAGCUGUCGAACAAGUUGGGAGAAUUCCCGUCGUUGGCUUCGAGUCUGAACAGGAUGAGCGCUGUUCUGCAGCGAGCCAUGUCGUUCUUGGAUGAGGAGUUCCGAACUCUUCUAGAAGAUUGGAAAUCCGAAAAAUCGAAGAACAAUGAGGAGAAUUGUAAUUCCGAUCGCUGCGUCCUGGUCGAUCAAAACCAGCAAGAUCAUCAAUCCGAUCAAAUGGAAGAUCAAGAUCAAGGAAUCCCUCCCACUUUUGUUUUCUCUCCUGAAACCGUCUCCAAACUGAACGCGAUAGCGACGGCGAUGAUUUCUGCGGGCUACGAAGCCGAGUGCGCCAUGGCGUACAGCGUCUCACGUCGGAGCGCGUUCAAGUCGGCGCUCGACGAUCUCAUCGGCCACGAGUGUUUCAGCAUCGACGACGUCCAGCGGAUGCAUUGGGAACCCCUGGAAGGAGAGAUCGCCACGUGGAUCGCCGCUGUCAAGAGCUGCUCCGCCGUGCUCCUCCCCAACGAGAGGAGCCUCUGCAACGCCGUUUUCUCCAGCCGCCCUUCCUCAUCGCACAGCCUGUUCGGCGACACCGCACGCGCCGCCGUGAUCAAGCUCCUGAACUUCGCCGAGGCCAUGGUUCUGACGAAGCGAUCGGCGGAGAAGCUGUUCAAGUUCCUCGACAUGUACGAGACGCUCCGAGAUCUGGAGAGCUCGAUCGGAAACGACGCCGGAGGAUCGUAUCCGUCGGAGGUCGCAGCGGAGACGGCAACGGUGAAGGCAUGGAUCGGGGCGGCGGCGGCGAGCAUCUUCUGCGAUCUGGAGAACUCGAUCAAGAGCGACAAUGGGAAAACUCCCGUUGCGAGUGGCGCAGUGCACCCCCUGACUCGCUACGUCAUGAACUAUCUAAAAUACGCCUGCGAGUACAAGGACACGCUGGAGCAGGUGUUCCGCCAAACGGAUCAAGAGGUGAAGGAUGAUGAUGAUGGUGAUUAUCACGAUCAUCGUGAUCGUGAUAGGGAGUCCGAAACAUCGCCGUUUUCGAGGCAGCUAUCAACGGUGAUGGAUCUGUUAGACGCCAACCUGGAAAUGAAGUCGAAACUGUACAGAGAUCCCUCCCUCAGCUUCAUCUUCUUGAUGAAUAACGGACGGUACAUUGUGCAGAAGAUCAAGGGGUCCUCCGAGAUCCACCAAUUGAUGGGCGACACGUGGUGCAGGAAGAGGUCGUCGGAUUUGAGGCAGUACCACAAGAACUACCAGAGGGAGACGUGGGGGAAGGUGUUGCAAUGCUUAGGGCAACACGAUGGGCUUCAGGUCAACGGGAAGGUGUCGAAGCCGGUGUUGAAGGAGAGGUUCAAGAGCUUCAACGCCAUGUUCGACGAGAUUCACAAGACACAGAGCACUUGGGUGGUCAGCGACGAGCAACUCCAGUCGGAGCUCAGGGUCUCGAUAUCGGCGGUGAUGAUCCCGGCAUACAGGUCCUUCUUGGGGAGGUUCAAGCAGUACUUGGACUCAGGAAGGCAGUCAGAGAAGUACAUCAAGUACCAGCCGGAAGAUAUUGAGACUCUGAUUGAUGAACUGUUUGAUGGGAACUCAACGUCCAUGGCUAGGAGGAGAACAUAA